AUGGCUAACUCAAACUCAUCAUCCUUAAGAAUCAUAGUUGAGAAUAACCCUUCUGAAGCCAAGCUUUCCGGGUUGAAUAUCAAGUGUUGGCCCAAAUGGGGUUGUUCGCAUGGGAAAUACCAGUUAAAAUUUGAUGCAGAAAAGACAUGUUAUUUGGUAAGAGGAAAAGUGAAGGCAUAUCCAAAAGUGUCAAAAACAUCACCAUCAUCAUCAUCAUCAUCAUCAUGGGUUGAGUUUGGAGUCGGUGACCUUGUGACCAUACCUAAAGGAAUGAGUUGUACUAGGGAUGUUUCGCUUGCUGUGGAUAAAUACUACAAAUUCAAGUCUUCAUCAUUUUCUUCUUCUUAUUCUUCUUCUUCAUAG